GUAAUACUCGUGUAAAAUUUUCUACGGAGGACCCACCGUUUAGGCGAGUAAGUGCGUCAUGGAAUCAUAUAUUUUUUUAAUCCUAUCCCUCUUUGAAACUGACGAGAGGAUUACUCGUUUGAUAUGAGUGGAAGAGUGAAGUCAGGGCGGAUCCAGCACACACUUACACCAAAUUUGACCAAUUAUGUGAUUGCAUUUUAAAACGACAUUAAGAUUUUUCAACUCAAGUAUUUUAUCGUUCAGUGACCGCAAUAAAGCGUGUCCAACAUGUUUGCUGCACUCAAGUUUCGAUGGGUUUUGGUUUGGAUCUGCGUUAUUGUGUUUAGUUCUGCGACUCAAAGCACACACGGGCCGGCUCAGUUCGUAACGCAACCGUCUAUUGCUAUAGCAAAUUUGACGCAUCCUCAGCUAAAAACGAAGACUGAUGAUUACUUCCUCAACCCGGAAGAUGACUCCAACAACCAAGAUCAGGAUCUUCAAAUCAGGGUGCCAAGAACUCCAAAGGAUAGACAAUCCCCAGCGGCCAAACAAACGAGUAGAUACCUCGGCUUUCAGGGUCCGAACGGAAAAAAAUCCUCAAAACCCACAACACCUAUACCUUUUUACAAAACAACAAACCCUGGGUUGGACCAACUGGCUAAGAGCCUGGGCGGGAUGAAUCUCCAAAAUCCGUCUCAAUCGGCGACUCCAUCAAGAGGCUGGGGCGCAAUCAGAAGAUUUAAGAGUUCUUUGAAAAGGAGCAAGAAGUUUACGAACUUGACUUCUUUAUUAAGUUUUGGGAACAAGGCUGAAAUUACCAAGCCUACCAGUCCUAUCAAACGUACCAGUUCAAUGUCAUCGGACUCCGAGAAUGAAGGCGGGUACAGUUCAGGUUAAAGUGUAGGCCACACUGAAAAAAAGUAUGGU